CUGCCUCUGCCCAGGCGGCCCAGGCGGAGAGGCACGCACGCACGCACGACCUGGCACAAACACCAGAGCCUGCCUUGGCCCUCGCCAUCUCCGUCUCCAUCUCCAUCCUCACCCAACAACCAACCCUCGUCUGGCCUGCAAGCAGCAUACCCAUACUGCCGCAGCCAUUCGUUCCGACACUCGUUAUAUCCCAUCGUCACAUCCCGCGACUUGCUCUUCGCUGUGCAGGUCUACUUUCUUCGCCUCUUGCCGCGCCAUUUCUGGUCGAUUUUAUUCCCGCGCCAAAACGACGACUUUUCAUCGGCUUUGACUCCCCUCCCGACACUCGCUGCACGUCUUCAUCUUCACCCGCAACGGUCUCGCUCACGAUGCUGAGGUCGCUUCCCUUGCUGGGCGCUGCCCUGCUCGGUGCCUCGACGGUCCUCGCCGUUGACGCAGCCCCAAAGUGCUCCCUCACCCAGAAGUGCCCCGAGUCGGCGCCGUGCUGCUCCCAAUAUGGCGCGUGUGGUGCUGGUGCCUACUGCCUCGGCGGUUGCGACCCCCGCAUGUCCUUCUCCCUCGACUCGUGUGUGCCUGCCCCCGUCUGCCAGAGCCGCACCAUGGAAAUGACCGACACCAAGCGCAUCGUGGACGUCUCAAAGUACCUCGGUGAUGCCUCCAAGGCCGACUGGGUCGCCCAAGGCUCUCCCAUUGCCUACAACGGCCACGUCCUGCUCACCAUGCCGCCUCGCAGCGUCGGCACUGUCCUUGCCUCCACCGUCUACAUGUGGUACGGCCGCGUCAAGGCCCGCAUGAAGACCGGCAUCGGUGCGGGUGUCGUCACUGCCUUCAUUCUCAUGAGCGACGUCAAGGACGAGAUCGAUUACGAGUGGGUCGGUGUCGACCUGACCACCUCGCAGACAAAUUACUACUACCAGGGCAUUCCCGAUUACACUCACUCCGGAAACAUUACGGGUGCCUCCGACACCAACGCGAACUGGCACGACUACGAGAUCAACUGGACCCCGGACAAGAUUGAGUGGCUCGUCGACGGCAAAGUGGGCCGCACCCAGCUCAAGAAGGACACCUGGAACAAGACGGCCAACCGCUACGACUACCCCCAGACACCCUCCCGUGUCCAGCUUUCCUUGUGGCCUGGUGGUGCCGACACCAACGCCCAGGGUACCAUUGACUGGGCUGGUGGCCCCAUCCAGUGGGACAGCCAACAGAUCAAGGAGAACGGCUACUACUACGCGUCGGUCGGCGAGAUCACCAUCGAGUGCUUUGGCGCCAAGAGCCCGCCCGGCUCGAACCUGCACACCAGCUACGUCUACAAGGACGCCAAGGCCACCGAGGACACCGUCGUCGAUGGCGAUGCCGGCACCAUCAUCAAGUCUCUGCUGGCCACUGGUCUCGACAUGAAUGCCGACUAUCCCAACAGCGGAGGCUCUGCGUCCAACUCGCCCACCCAGGAACUCAUCCCUGGUCUGAGUGGUGGUGGUCCUGGCACCAACGGCCAGGCCCCGGUCAACGACAACGGCGGCAGCGGCACCAGUGGCGGCAACCCUGCGGGCACCGACGUCGCGCCCCAGUGUACUGCUACGGGCUUUACUCAGAACUGCCAGGCGGCCAUGAACGGCAACGGCAACGGCGGUACCAGCGGUGCUUCUAAGCAGGACGUGUUUGUUGGCGCUAGCAUGUUUGGUGCCAUUCUGGCCCUGUCGGUUGCUCUGCUUUUGUAAGGCUGGCGGCUUGUGUUUGAGGUGUUAGUACAUAGUCGCUUGCAUACAGAGCAAAAUGAAACGAGACCAGCCGCGGGGAAUUUUGGACAGCAUGGAGAAAAAACAGCGUUGUGUACCUUAUGGAUUCUGGAUUUUGUUUCUAUGCGUUUCGAUCAUGGUUUUGCACACCCGACGUUCCCUUUGACGCGAGCUGUCCCCCCGCAUGGGAUGAUGUGCUCGGACAAACUCAUACAUACGUACGCUACUUAAUACCAUAAUAUGAAGUCAAA